GUGAUGUCUUCCGUUGAAGCUCUUGAGCGCGCGCGAAUUUCCCGCGCUUUGUGUGUAUUGUGCGACCUAGGAGAUUAGAUGUGUGGUGAAGCUUAGUCAAGUUUGUUUUGUAUUACGUUACUACAGCGUGGGUUAUAAACUAUAAUGCCAACGCCAACUAAAGAUUCUGAGCCAUCUUCUGCAAGGAAGGAUGGAACACCAUCACGAAGACGAGGAAGGGCUGGUUCAGAAUCACGGGAUGCCCCUUCUACCCCCGGAAGGGGCACACCUCGAAGGCGUCGUGAAAGAGGUGAAGAAGCCCCUGGUACACCUUCUAGAUUGCUUACCCCUCGUAGGAUGCAGCCAGUGGAAGAAGAAGAUACACAGAGUCCAGCACGCCGCGGAACACCAAGGCGAGGUACUCCAAGGAGACCACAGCAACAAGAAAAUGGUUCACCUGAACAAGCCGCUGAACAAGGACCAAGCAAUGCGUCAACGGAGAGAACACCAGCUAAACGUCAACGCAGAUCAGCAACAGCUGAAGAAAAUCUGGAUGAUGGGACAAGUGCAGCAGGUAGUGAUAAUCCACGUACACCAGCCGGAGCAGGCCCACCAACACACACACCUACUAGUUCCAGGCGGCGUGCCCGGGACACACCCUCAAAGUCUUCAGUAUCCACAGGUGUAGGGACACCACGUCAACGGAGACGUGUAACCACUGGUGAUCCAAGUAUUAUUUCGGAAUCAGAUCAUCAGUCAGUUCCGCCUGCUUCGCCAGCAAUAAGUCUUAAUCCAUCGAGUCCUUUUGGUAUGACAGAAAUAGAUUUGAGUUCACCAUUAAACUAUGGUACCCCAAGCUCAAUUUCCUCAAUACGGACUCCUCGAUCAGGUAUUCGAGGCACACCAAUUAGAAUGAGAUCUGACAUAAGGACAGACAAGAGAAUUCGCCAAGUGAAUAUGAAUGCAGAACCACUGGACACAAUUCAAGAACAACCGGGUCCUGAAGCAGAGCCGCAGUUGGUCAUCUGGGGAACAGAUGUCGUCGUAAACAGAUGCAAGGAAAAAUUCAAGCGUUUUGUGGAAAAUUAUGUUGAUCCAGAAGCAGAUGAUGAUGAACGGACUGAGGGAAUGGAUGUUAACCAACCACUUUACAUUCAGAAGUUGGAAGAGAUUCAUACGUUGGAAGAACCAUUCUUGAAUGUGAAUUGUGCACAUUUAGAAUCUUUCGAUAAAGAACUGUACAGGCAGUUGGUGUGUUAUCCGCAAGAAGUUAUUCCUACGUUUGACAUGGCAGUGAAUGAGAUGUUCUUUGAGCGUCACCCAGCUGCUGUUUUGGAACACCAGAUUCAAGUACGACCAUUCAACGCCCAUAAAACAAGAAACAUGAGGGGUCUAAACCCAGAAGAUAUUGACCAGUUGAUUACUGUCAGUGGAAUGAUAACAAGAACAUCAAAUAUCAUACCAGAUAUGCGAGAAGCGUUUUUUAAAUGCCUUGUGUGCUCAUUCAGUACAACUGUGGAAAUUGAUCGUGGGCGAAUUGCAGAGCCUACCCUGUGUACGAAUUGUAAUACAAACCACUGUUUCUCAUUGGUACAUAAUCGGUCACAGUUCACAGAUAAACAAAUAGUGAAACUUCAGGAAUCACCUGAUGACAUGCCUGCUGGACAAACUCCACACACAGUGUUGCUGUUCGCUCAUAAUGACUUGGUAGAUGCUGUGCAUGCUGGUGACCGUGUGACAGUGACUGGAAUAUACCGUGCAACACCUCUGCAAGUCAACCCAAGAGUCAGUAGUGUGCGUUCUGUAUACAAGACUCACAUUGAUGUUGUGCAUUACCGGAAAACAGAUAAUCGCCGCCUACACGAGCAGGAAGAUGGGAAAGCUCACCGCUUCCCACCAGAGAGAAUUGAACUCUUGGAAGCUCUGUCAAAGAAGGAUGAUAUUUAUGAACGCUUGGCACAUGCAAUUGCGCCAUCCAUUUAUGAAAAUGAAGAUAUAAAGAAGGGUAUCCUCUUACAACUGUUUGGGGGAACGAAAAAGAAUUUCUCCAACAGUGGAAGAGGAAAUUUCAGAGCAGACAUCAAUAUACUUCUCUGUGGAGACCCUGGAACAAGUAAAUCCCAGUUGUUGCAGUAUGUUUUCAAUCUGGUUCCACGUAGUCAGUACACAUCGGGUAAAGGUUCUUCAGCAGUUGGUCUUACAGCAUAUGUAACCAAGGAUACUGAGACAAAACAACUUGUCCUACAAACGGGUGCAUUAGUUCUGGCUGACAAUGGAAUUUGCUGCAUUGACGAAUUUGACAAAAUGAAUGAUUCAACACGCAGUGUCCUACAUGAGGUUAUGGAACAGCAGACAUUAAGUAUUGCAAAGGCUGGAAUUAUUUGUCAACUAAAUGCACGUACCUCAAUAUUAGCUGCAGCAAAUCCUUGUGAAUCUCAGUGGAACAAAAACAAAACAAUUAUAGAAAAUAUUAUGUUACCCCACACAUUAAUGUCCCGAUUUGAUCUAAUCUUUUUAAUGCUUGAUCCUCAAAACGAGGUGUAUGACAGGCGACUUGCACGUCAUCUUGUUUCACUCUAUUAUCAGAGUCGUGAGAGAGAACAAGAAGAACUUAUGGAUAUGGCUUUGUUACGAGACUACGUUGUUUAUGCCAAAGAGCAUAUUCAUCCAAAACUAAGUGAGCUCGCAUCACAAAGACUUAUACAAGCAUAUGUCGAUAUGCGUAAAGUAGGCAGUGGGCAUGGUCAGAUAACAGCAUACCCUCGCCAGCUGGAAUCCCUCAUACGUCUGGCUGAAGCUCAUGCCAAAGUAAGGUUUUCUCAAGUUGUUGAAGUUCUGGAUGUUGAAGAAGCCUAUAGGCUACACAGAGAGGCUUUGAAGCAGUCAGCAACAGACCCACUAUCUGGCAAGAUUGAUGUAAGCAUCUUGACUACAGGCAUUAGUACAGCUGGCCGUAAGCGUCGCCUUGAAGUGAAGCAAGCUUUAGCUAAAUUAAUUAGUGCUAAGGGCAAAGUUACAAGUUUGAACUACCAGAAGACUUUCAGUGAAUUCAAAGAUAGCUCUGAACUGAUGAUAACACGAGAAAUGUUUGAAGAUGCGCUGAAGGACUUGCAGGACGAUGGUGUCGUCAAUGUGGUUGCAAAAAAUAUGAUCAGACUGAAUGUUCUUAGCUAGUUUUGGGGUGCCUCGUAAAGUUAAUUUUUCAUUUGUCCUUUUUUCACUGUCAGUUUCACACUGUAUAUUAUGUGGACAUAUUUUAAUUCCUUGUUAAUGAGUUGCAAAGUAUGCACAUUAAUUGUAAAACUAUAAAUAAUUGUUGCAUUUUAAUUGCAUUAAUUACAUUAUAACCCAAGAAAAAUUCUACUUUAAAUGCUUUUCACGCUCUUA